CACAAUUCUUUUCAUAUUUUGUGCGGAUAACAUUGUCAGUUUUUAAGGAAUAAAAAAAAGAGAGAAUUCUUCCGAUCAAGGAAGGAAGUGUGAAGAAAAGAAAACAAAGAACAAUUUAAUUUUAAAGGAAUUAAAAAAUAAAUCACAUUAAGAUCUGAAGUUAAUAAUAUCAUAGUUUAUUACGUGAAGUACAAAUAUGGCUAAGAUCCACUCUUUAUUAUUCGCCGUACUUGUUAUAAUUUGUAUCACCUAUUCAAAUUGUGAAUGUGAUUCAGAUUUAUUAAGGGAUUAUGCAGUCGAUGCCUGCAACCACAUUCACAAAAGAAGUGCCCUCCAUAACAUUUAUCAGGUCGAUGACAUUUUUGCCAAACAUCACUACGUUCGUCAUUAUAAAAAAUUAACACAUGAGGGCUUCCCCAGCGGUGGAUAUUUGCGCAUACGUGACAAGCACAUUCAUCAUUUGAGCCACAAAAAGAGAAAUGAUGAUCUUUAUGAUGAUGCAACUAUCAAUGAGAUUCCAGACUUAGAGCCAUACAAUGAAAGACUUAACACAAUUCGUGACAACUCUAAUGAAGAUAAUGAUGUCUUUUCCAGCGGAAUGGACAGCAAUUUCAAUCAUAAAAGCAAUCACAAAACGUUCAGAAACAAGCGAGACGCUUCAAAAGAUAUUCCAAUUGAUUAUUGCUGCUCACAAGCUAAUAGAGAUAUAUGUAGUCGAUAUUCAUGUCACUAACAUACAUUUUAAGGUUGUUGAGGAUGUUUGAGAUUUAUAAUUGAACAUCCUCACACAGAUAUGAGUAGCACAAUCAAAAAACAAACUUUGGCAGCUAAUCAAAAAUGAAAAACUCAAUUCAGUAUUUUUU